AUGACUACAACUUGCAUCCCUGACUACAACUGCAGCCCCCACAACAAGUGGAACUCCCACUACAACUGUGGCACCGAUUACAACCCCAGUGCCGACUUCAACUGCAGCUCCCACUACAACCCCAGCCCCGACUUCACCUGCAGACCUGAUGACAACUGCAUCUCCCACUACAACUCCAGCCCCCACAACAACUGCUGCACUGACUUCAACCCCAGCGCCGACUUCAACUGCAGCUCCCACUACAACCCCAGCCCUGACUUCAACUGCAGCCCCCACAACAAGUGGAACUCCCACUACAACUGUGGCACCGAUUACAACCCCAGUGCCGACUUCAACUGCAGCUCCCACUACAACCCCAGCCCCGACUUCACCUGCAGAACUGUGGCACCAAUUUCAACUCCAGCCCUGACUUCAACUGCAGCUCCUACUACAACUUGCAUCCCUGACUACAACUGCAGCCCCCACAACAAGUGGAACUCCCACUACAACUGUGGCACCGAUUACAACCCCAGUGCCGACUUCAACUGCAGCUCCCACUACAACCCCAGCCCCGACUUCACCUGCAGACCUGAUGACAACUGCAUCUCCCACUACAACUCCAGCCCCCACAACAACUGCUGCACUGACUUCAACCCCAGCGCCGACUUCAACUGCAGCUCCCACUACAACCCCAGCCCUGACUUCAACUGCAGCCCCCACAACAAGUGGAACUCCCACUACAACUGUGGCACCGAUUACAACCCCAGUGCCGACUUCAACUGCAGCUCCCACUACAACCCCAGCCCCGACUUCACCUGCAGACCUGAUGACAACUGCAUCUCCCACUACAACUCCAGCCCCCACAACAACUGCUGCACUGACUUCAACCCCAGCACCGACUUCAACUGCAGCUCCCACUACAACCCCAGCCCUGACUUCAACUGCAGCCCCCACAACAACUGCUGCACUGACUUCAACCCCAGCGCCGACUUCAACUGCAGCUCCCACUACAACCCCAGCCCUGACUUCAACUGCAGCCCCCACAACAACUGGAACUCCCACGACAACUGUGGCACCGAUUACAACUGCAGUCCUGCCUACAACUGUAGCUCCAACUACAACUGCAGAAACAACAAAAACUUCAGCACCGACUACAACCCCCACAACAACUGCUUCACUGACUACAACCCCAGCCCCGACUUCGACUGCAGCUCCCACUACAAUGGCUGCAGCCAGAACAACUGCAUCCCUGACUACAACUGCAACCCCCACAACAACUGGAACUCCCACUACAACUGUGGCACCGAUUACAACUCCAGCCCUGACUUCAACUGCAGCUCCCACUGCAACUCCAGCCCCAAAAACAACUGCUGCACUGACUACAACCCCAGCCCUGACUUCAACUGCAGCUCCCACUACAACCCCAGCCCCGACUUCACCUGCAGCCCCAAAAACAACUGCAGCCCUUACUGCAACUGCUGCACCCCCAACAACUGCAUCCCUGACUACAACUGCAGCCCACAGAACAACUGGAACCCCCACUACAACUGCGGUAUCGAUUACAACUGCAGCCAUGACUACAUAUGUAGCUCCCACUAUAACUGCAGAAAUGACAACAACUGCAGUCCUGCCUACAACUGUAGCUCCAACAACAACUGCAGAAACAACAAAAACUGCAGCGCCGACUACAAUUCCAACAACAGCAGCCUUCACUCCAACUGCAGCAUCUACUACAACUACAGCCCCAACUACAACUGCAGCUCCCACAACAACUGCAUCCCUGAAAACAACUUCAGCCCCGAGUACAACUGCUGCAGAACCUACAACUGCAUCCCUGACUAUUACUGCAGACAAAACAACUGCAGCUCCAACAACGGCAGCCCCCACUACAACUACAGCCCCGAUAACAACUGCAGCACCAACUACGACUGCUGCACUGACUACAACUGCAGCACCCGCAACAACUGCAGCCUCUACUUCAACUGCAUAACAACAACAACCGCAGCAUCGACUAAUACUGCUGCAUUGACUACAACUGCAUCCCUGACUACAACUGCAACCCCCACUACAACUACUGCACCAAUUACAACUGCAUCCCUGACUACAACUGCAGCCCCAACAACAACUGCAGCCCCUACUACAACUGCUGCACACAACUCCAGCCCCAACAAUAAUUGCGGCACCCCCUACAACUGUAGCCCUGACUACAUCUGCAGCACCGACUACAACUGCAUCCUUGAGAACAACUGCAGCCCCCACAACAACUGGAACCCCCAGUACAACAGUGGCAUCGACAACAACUGCAGCCCUGAUUACAACUGA